CCCCACCGUUGUCUCAACACAGCCAUUAUCGCUUUCGUGUCGCUCAACCGACCCACUAUUGAGCUCUACCCGUCCUCCUCUUCCGCAUCGAUGACAGAGUCAACCUCGCAAUCUCCGUCUCUCCUCGCUAUGGCCCGCAACAAGCUGCUGUCUACCUCCGUCAAUGGCGUCAAGGAUAGCAGCAGCUUGCAUCGCUGGGUACUUUUACGCAACUCUCUUGUUCAGCCUCAUACCCCGGCACCUAUCGCCACUCCUGAAAAAGCUGAUGUACCAUAUGUGUAUAGGCGCGUUGAAGACGAAGGGUGUGAUCAAGAAGAAGAGGUUGCCUUUAUGUUUCCAGACCCUGACGCCCUCUCGCGUGACGCUGGCGUGUGUGGCUCUGAGAAUGAUUGGUUGGAUUCGCUUCUCGAGGACCUUGGCGAAGACGACGAUCUGGAUGCAGAAGAGGGAGGACUAGAGACUUCUAUGUCUGGUGCACCUCCGGAUGAAGAUGACGAACCGCUGAGUCCUCUGUAUUCGCCCAUGUCCUCUUCAGACAACCUCGUCGACCAAUCCAGCUUCUAUGUUAAUCCACAUGCCAUUCCCAUCCCCUACCCUAUUCCUUAUCCGCCUGUUCGGCCCUCGCUUGUUUCGGCUUGGUACGGUCUAGAUUCCUCCCCAGACUCCCUUCUAGAGGCCAGCUCCCCUUUGUACCACGAUCCUCUACCCUAUUACGACGUCGACGACACGGAAGAUUUACCGGUUCCAGAUGCCAUAGAGGACACAUCUGACGACGAGUCGGACGCACCUGCAACACCGUUCGACCACUCUACGUCAUCGAUCUGCCCACUCGAUCCCGCUUCUGUUCCCCUCCCUUCAGAGAGGCGGCGACGCUCGCAUUCUCGUCAACCUCAAGUCUAUGUUGACACGGACGACUCCUAUUUCUACCCGUUUGGACUCGACCCUCUGCCUUCCCAUGUUGAUAAUCCUGUCCAUGCUGCCCGUGUCUAUGGCCCGUCCGUGUACCAACAGUGUUAGUCGUUGCUCCAUCUCCCCGCUCCCUGUUGCAUUCUUGUGGCGUGAACCCGUUUGUCGUACUAUAAUUGUGUGCGUGCUUUCGGUCUCUACAUAGUAUUGUCUCUUCCUUGUUCGGUUAGUGGUAUUCACA